AUGGUGUUAGUAGGAUUAUUAACAGGUCUCCGAGGACUCGUAAAAACUAAUCACAAUGCAGCGGAUAUUUAUAGUGCCGUUUUCAAACUACAUUAUCGCUUUACGGCAAUGAUGCUCUUUAGUUUUUGUCUUUUAGUUAGCGCCAAUAGUCUAGUCGGAGAUCCCAUCAAUUGCAUGCAUGAUAACAACUCGAAACUAAAAGAUAAGGUCGUAAACACAUAUUGUUGGAUCCAUACGACAUUUACGUUACCAAGGCAUAUUGAUAAAGACUACGGAAGAGGUUUGGCAUACCCUGGCGUUGGCCCUAGUUUACCAGAUGACACGAAAACGCACCAUGCCUACUAUCAAUGGGUACCGUUUGUACUCUUCUUACAGGGUUUGAUGUUCUACGCACCUCAUUGGCUUUGGAAAACAUGGGAAAAUGGCAAGCUGGAAUCUAUUAUUAUGGGUCUAGCCACCCCAUCAAAUAAAGAGGAACGCCGCGAUAAGAUUCAACUGCUGGUCGACUAUCUAUGCAAUUCUCUUCAUCACCACAACUUUUAUGCAUAGUUUUUUUUCUGCGAGUUGCUCAAUAUAAUAAAUUGUUUGUUCAAUAUGUGGUUUAUGAAUAGAUUUUUAGGUGGGAUGUUUCUCACGUAUGGGACGGACGUACUGAGCUUCACGGAGACCAAUCAAGAAGAACGAACAGACCCGAUGAUUGUGAUAUUUCCGCGAGUCACCAAGUGUUCCUUUCAUACAUAUGGGCCUUCGGGUACAGUUGAGAUCCACGAUCUCAUGUGUGUGCUCGCCCUAAAUAUCAUUAACGAAAAGAUUUAUGUUAUAAUGUGGUUUUGGUUUAUUGUAUUGACUGUCAUUAGUAUAACGGCGUUUAUCUAUCGUCUGUUGAUGUUUUACGUUCCCGUCAUCAGGUCGACAUUGCUAUUCCAAAAGCCUGCGAGUAUGCUGCACUACAAGAAAGUCUUGGACCAAAACGUCUCGAAAAAGUUACAGAUUGGCGAUCUUUUCUUAAUAUACCUCUUGAGUAAAAAUAUGGAGAUGCUCUCCUUUGACUCUCUCCUGAGGAAUUGUUUCUCCGAUUGA